AUGGUCGACACAGCCCACGUCAACUCGCUGCUUCGCGCCGCCGCGAGGCUGGAGCCGGAGGAGCUCAUCUUCAGCCUUUCAUCGGACUUCAUCGGUGAUUACCCAGUCGUCGAUCUGCCUUGCUUCCACCGUGCCACUUCCAUCCAGCUCGGUCUUUUCGCCGUCAUACGCGUGCCGGCCGGCGUCGAGUUCCCCGCGCUGGAGACACUGUACCUGGCGUGCAGCAUUGACGCCCUCGACUCCGGCCUACGCGUGCUCCAUCUCAGCAGCACUGAGUUGAAUGGUGACCACCUGAGGGUCAACUCGGCGUCACUGCUGGAGCUUGUCGUGGGCAGCAGAUGGACACGCAGUGUCAACGUUGUUGCCCCCGUGCUUAAGCAGUUGACCAUGUCCCUCACCGCCUCAAAGAUCAGCGUCGUCUCCGUCUUGGCGCCAUUGGUGGAGAAGGUCUCAUGGAAAUGCUGCUAUAUGAAUGGGUGUAUUACAUUUGGUCUUUGGCUGCUUGAGCAGGUGACGCUACAGACGGCAGAGAGACAAGGACAGCUCCCCAUGCUGCACAUUCGUGCCCACUGCGUGCGUCCUCUCAACUUACUGCAAGCUCUGAGUAAAUAA